AUGGUGCUUGGUCGCACCGAUAUGCCAACGUCGGAGAACGGCAUCUACCUGGCACGCACUGUGGCACCAGUGCUCACAAAAGCGCUCGCCGAGGUGCUUCUGCGCCGUCCAGCCGACCCCAUAGGCUUCAUUUCGGAUUAUUUGCAAAAGUAUCAUGGAGAACUCGCUCAUCGAUCAAAUGGAAAGUUGAAAUGA